CUCCCUGCAAGCUUUGCAGUGACUCAUGCGACUUGCCUCAAUCUUCAUCUCCUACUAUAAAUUGCGCCUAUAUCUUUAUCAAACAAGCCCUUUCUAACUGACUUCUAAAUACGAAAAUUGGUAGAACUACGAUGGACCCAGACACCGAAAAGGCGAGGGGUGAAGAGCCGAACCCCGAGCAACCCAAGCCUAGUGCCGACUUCCCAGAUGGAGGGUUGAAAGCAUGGUCCGUUGUCGUGGGGGCCUUUUUUGGGCUUUUCGUCAGUUUUGGAUGGACCAACUGCGUUGGCCUCUUUCAAGGGUACUACGAAGCAAAUCAGUUGCGAGGCUUGUCACCCAGCAAUGUCUCAUGGAUACCAGCCUUGUCGAUGUUUAUGAUGUUCAUUACUGGACCUUUCGUGGGGCGAGCAUUUGACAACUUCGGUCCGCACUACCUUCUCUUUACCGGUACACUGCUGCACGUAUUUGGGUUGAUGAUGGCAUCGAUAUCGUCCGAAUACUACCAGUUCAUCUUGUCCCAGGCGAUCUGCAGUCCUCUAGGUGCAGCCAUGGUUCUGUAUCCGUCAUUCAGCUGUGUCACAACUUGGUUCCGACAAAAGCGUGCUCUGGCAUUGGGAAUCACUGCUAGCGGCUCUAGUCUCGGUGGUACGAUUCUGCCUAUUGUGGUUAAUCGCUUGAUACCACGUAUUGGGUUUGGGUGGACGAUGCGUGUUUGCGCUUUCCUCUUAUUUGGUUUGCUUGUCGUGACGAAUUUAACAGUCCGAUCACGAAUUGCACCUCAGCCGAAGGAGGCUGGCAUCGUAGCUUAUCUCCAGCCUUUUACAUCGCUCUCAUUUGUGCUUACCUCGUUGGCGGGCUUCUUCUACUCCAUGGGAAUGUUUAUUCCCAUUACUUUCAUGGUAACCUACGGUGAACAUGUCGGCCUAUCAAACAAUAUGGCAGGGUAUCUAGUCUCGAUCUUCAAUGCAUCAAGUGGAAUCGGGCGUAUUCUGCCAGGAUAUAUAGCAGAUAAGGUUGGCAGCUUCAAUGUGUCAAUAGCAGCCGCGACUCUUUCAACGAUCUUUAUGCUGGCAUUGUGGCUGCCAGGGCAUAGCCAUGAGUCAGCCAUCGCUUUCGCCGCCUUGUUCGGAUUUAGUUCCGGCACGUACACAGCCAUCAGCCCUGCCUUGGUAGCGCACAUCUCGAAUCUUGAAGAAAUUGGCACCCGUUCUGGGACCAUGUACGCGUUCAUGUCUGUGGCUGCCCUUACUGGCAGUCCAAUUGGGGGAGCUUUGAUCUCAAGUGCAGACGGGAGCUAUUGGAAGCUUCAACUUUUCGCGGGCUGUAUGCUUGGUGCCGGAACGGCGUUAUAUGUCGCUGCGAGGCUGUACAUAAGGGCGUGGUUAUGGCCACUACCCAUUAGAACCGCCAGGUCAUUGAUAAAUCCAGUCUACAGUCAAUUCCAUGUCUAUACAGAAAAGUCAUUGAGCAUGGCGAUUACAACCGGUGCAUAA